AUGAAAAGUUUCAGAGUUCUCGUGUUGCUGCUGUCCUUCGUUACGGAUGUAUCAGGGACUGUAAAUGACACUCCACAACAGGUGGUGACGAAGUACAACAACUACAAAACAAUAUGUACCGGACUGGGUUAUAAAGCCACACAAUGCAACGGGGAACAGACAAAGGUAAUUGGAUUCCAAUCUUCACUCAAAGGUGAUUUGGUUAAAUUGAAAACCAGGGAGACUGUUAUAUUUAAUCAGGCGUCGCUGAAUAGAGGUAGUGCUUAUGAUACCACCACAGGAAAAUUCACUGCGCCCGCCGAUGGCGUAUAUUCCUUCAGCUGGACAACAAUGUCUGACGCAGAGAAAUAUUUCAUAACGGAAAUCGUUCUUAACAGUAGUCCAAUUGCAUGCAAUUUUACCGAUGGAAGGGGUCGCACGAAGAACGCAGGAAAUGUUAUGUCGUCCUCAAAUGUCAUAAUAGAAAUGAGGACGGGAGAUAAAGUAUGGAUCAGAACUCAUCACAACUAUGGACAAUUUGCACGAUGUGGUGAUGGACAAUGGUGUAUUUUCUCUGGAUUUAAACUUUGAAAAUUUCAGUAUAUCCUUACAAACAUCUGAUUAAUUUGUGUUUCUGAAAAACAAUUAAAUCAUGACAAUUUACAUUUUAUACUGAUUUUAUACACUUGCUAUUUAGCGACACAAAUGCCUCUUUUGUGUUAGAAUAUAUGUAUCGGCCACGGUCAUACUGAAGCUAUCAGCAAAUAACAACAGCCACAUAGUCCGUUGAAGCCCACAUCCAAUAGCCAAAAUAAUUAAAGGACUGAUUACUCGUAUAAAAGCUUUAAAAAUUUUUAAACUAUAACAUCAAUGCAUAACUUGUUUAAGGCUUGAAAUUUAAGAGGCAGUGAAGGUCAGAAGUUGUGACAAGUUUUGAUUGCGGGUACAUGUAACAAUGGUUUUAAACUGCUUCAUAAAUACCAAACUGUAUAUUUCUGUUGAAUAUUCUCGCUGUAUCUUAA